GCCGGGUCGCUGCUGUCUCCGCCCUCUCGCCUGUGGACCAGUGAGUAAGUGGGUGCGAGUUGUGACAGACUUCAACAGCUCCUUUAGUAGCGACUGCAGACUAAUCUGAAGAUAUGCGGGUAGCAGUGAUUGGAGCUGGAGUCAUUGGUCUGUCAACAGCUCAGAGCAUCUAUGAGCAGUAUCACUCAUUUGUCUGUCCACUGACCAUUGAGGUGUAUGCAGACCGCUUCACUCCGCUGACCACAAGUGAUGGAGCUGCUGGCUUCUGGCAGCCCUACCUGUAUGAUAAGGGCAACGUCCAGGAGACAAAAUGGAAUAAAGAGACAUUUGACUACUUGCUGAACCACCUCAGUUCACCAGAGUCUGUAAAUAUGGGUAUAUUCCUUCAGUCUGGCUACAACCUCUGCACUGAACCAGUCCCAGAUCCCUCAUUUAAAGACAUUGUCCUGGGCUUCAGACAGCUCACAGAACGAGAGCUGCAGAUGUUUCCUGGAUACAAUUAUGGGUGGUUCAAUACUGCUCUCAUGGUGGAAGGUAAAACAUACUUACCUUGGCUGAUGGACUGGUUGCAAAAAAGGGGGGUGAAAUUUUACCACAGGAAAAUAGAGUCCUUCAAGGAGCUGGCAGAAACUGGGGCAGACGUGAUCAUAAACUGUACUGGGAUGAGAUCAGGAGAGCUCCAGCCGGAUCCGGACCUGAAACCAGGUCGCGGCCAGAUAGUGAAGGUGGAUGCUCCAUGGUUGAAGCAUUGGAUUCUUACCCACAACUUUACAACAGGAGUCUACAAUUCACCAUACAUCAUUCCAGGGAGUCGUCUUGUGACAGUCGGUGGAGUUUUCCAGAUAGGAAACUGGAGUGAACAGAACAACUCCACUGACCAUAAGAAAAUCUGGGAAGGCGCCUGCCAGCUCGAGCCCAGUCUCAAGCAUGCCAGGAUAGUGGAGGACUGGUCCGGCCUCAGACCUGUUCGGAGCAAAGUCCGACUGGAGAGGGAGACCAUACAUUCCGGUGCAACUACAAUAGAGGUGAUACAUAACUACGGCCAUGGAGGUUUCGGGCUCACCAUUCACAGAGGCUGCGCCCAGGAGGCAGCGAGGCUCUUCGGUCAGAUCGUAGAACAAAAAGGCAACGGUCCAAGAGCUCGCUUGUAAAUUUGUGUCCUGGAGUAAUGAAUGGUGCUUUCCUUUCUCAAAUUUUCACAUCAGUGCCUUGUAUUCAGGGAUGCACAAACUACUUUUGUCUACACCAUCCUUUACCAUUGGGUUCAUUACAUCCCUUUAAAAUUAGUUAAUGUAUAUGUAACAUGAAAGGGGGACAUUGUUGACAAAUGUUGUUGUCUCCGUUUAUUAUUACUUAAGAUAAGGCUUAAAUCCGAAGGAGGUUUGGGUCAUAUAAAAAAGGACAUAAUGUGUACAUAUCUUUGAAAAUGAAAAAGUAGACAAAUCUACUGAUAGUGAUUAUUAGAUUUUUUCUUUAGUAAUAAAUAACAACAUGAAUCCACUGGUCUUUUUGAAACAUUAUUUACUAUAGUAUCAUACACAUUUACAUCCAGUGCAUUUACAAGAAUCUGUGCACACAGACACUUAAUGUAGCACUAUCUCUCAAACACUGGCAGCUAAGAGUCAGCUUGCUGGACCUGUGCUAGUUGAUCUGAUUUUUUUUUUUUUUUUUAAACAAAACUUUGCUCAGUGUGUCACUCGUAGUCUGUCUCCACAUCACCUUUGUUACAAACAAAAGCAAAGACAACAACUAAACCAGGUAUUGAUACAUUAUUUACAUAAAGACAGAAAGUAACAUCCUUCUAACUGGUUGUAUAUUUAGGUGUAGGUCCAUGUGUGCACAGUCUCAGAGUAGAGUAAGAGACGCAGCACGGUUUAUAAAUCAUAAUACCAUACAACACCAUAGACUCAUAUACUCAUGUAAUUUUUUUAAAAUCAUGUAAUUUUUUUGCUAACUAGGGCUGAAUCAGCUUUGAAUGAUGAAAAUAUUCAGAUUUAAAUUCCCUACUUCAAUGUUAACUUACACAAUGUUGUCUUCAAAUGCAGUCCAGAAUCCGUGGACUUGUUCUAUUUGUGUCAUAAUUAUGAAAUAUUGCCGAGUGUGCGAUGUCAUUAUGCUCUGAUGAAGACUUUGGCAGAUUUGUCACCUUGUUGUAAAUAAACAGCGACAUAAUGAUCCAGA